UCUUCCGGAGGCAAGAAGGCCAAGAAGAAGUGGUCUGCUAAGAAGGUUAAGGACAAGUCAAACAACAUGGUUGUCCUUGACAAGCAGACCUACGAACGUGUCUUCAAGGAAGUCCCCACCUACAAGUUCAUCUCCCAGUCUGUCCUUGUUGACCGUCUCCGUCUCAACGGCUCCCUUGCCCGUGUUGCUAUCCGUGAGCUCGAGGACCAAGGUGUUAUUCGUCGCAUCACCCGCCAUGCUUCCCAAGUCAUCUACAGUAAGAUCAUGUUUUAUUAUGCACACAUAGAUAAACCCCUUCUGAACUAA